AUGACAAUCUCAUCAUCAGAGAAAAAACAUGUUGCAGUUUAUGUUUUUCCCUUUGGAAGCCACCCUGUUCCUCUCUUAAACCUUGUCCUCAAACUAGCACAAGCUUCACCAAACACACUAUUCUCAUUCAUUGGCACUCAACAAUCUAAUAAACCUAUUUUCUCAAAACCAAACAUCCCAAAUAACAUCAAACCUUUUAAUAUUGGUGAUGGAGUUCCUGAGGGUCAUGUACUUGGUUUCAACCCAGUUGAAAAACUCAACUUUUUUCUACAAGCUGGUCAUCAAAAUCUACAGAAGGGAAUAGAUUUGGCUGUUGCAGAUACAAAAGAGAGAGUUACAUGCAUCAUUGCUGAUGCUUUUGUUGUUCCUUCUCUCCUUGUAGCUCAACAACUUAAUGUUCCAUGGAUUCUUGUUUGGCCUCCUUUGUCAUGCUCCCUCUCUGCACAUUUUUACACUGAUAUUAUACGCCAAAGUUGUGCUGAAAACAAUGCAAAAGAUAGAUAUUUGGAUUUUCUUCCAGGUUUGUCUAAGAUGAGAGUUGAAGAUUUGCCUGAUGAUGUUACCAAUGGCGGUGACGACGAAACACUGUUCUCAAAGACACUUGCUUCAUUGGGUCAAGUGUUACCUCAAGCUAAAGCAGUGGUUUUGAAUUUCUUUGAGGAAUUAGAUCCACCUUUGUUUGUUGAGGAUAUGAGAUCAAAGUUGCAGAAUUUUCUUUAUGUUGGUUUUCUCACUCUUUCAAUUCCUCUACCACCUUUGCCACCAUCUGAAAGUGAUGAAACUGGUUGUUUAUCAUGGUUGGACAAACAGAAGGGUAAAUCAGUAAUUUAUGUUAGCUUUGGAACUGUGGUGACACCACCUCCGCAUGAGCUUGUGGCAUUAGCAGAAGCAUUGGAAGAAAGUGGAUUUCCAUUUCUUUGGUCUCUUAAGGAUCAUUUGAAGGGACUUUUACCAGAAGGGUUUCUUGACAGGACUAGUAAUUUUGGAAAAAUUGUGCCUUGGGCACCUCAAGCUCAAGUUUUAGGACAUGAUUCUGUUGGAGUGUUUGUGACUCACUGUGGAUGUAACUCAGUUUUUGAGAGUAUUUCCAAUGGGGUACCUAUGAUCUGUAGGCCAUUCUUUGGAGAUCAUGGGAUGACUGGUAGAAUGGUGGAAGAUAUUUGGGAGAUUGGUGUGAAAAUUGAAGGUGGAGUGUUCACCAAAAAUGGAUUAGUGAAGAGUUUGAACCUUAUUCUUGUGAAUGAAGAGGGGAAGAAAAUGAGAGAAAAAGCUCAGACAGUGAAGAGGACUGUGAUAGAUGCAGCUGGACCACAUGGUAAAGCAGCACAAGAUUUGAAGACCUUGGUGGAAAUAAUUUCUAGCUCUUAAUUAGUAACCAGUUACAUGUUACAGUAUUUGUGUGUUUUCUUUCUGCAUGUGUAUUCUAUCAAUAAAUUUAGUGUACUGUGUAUGAAGUUUGUUUUGUCUGCAAUGGUAUAAGUACUAGUAAUUUAGGGGUUUGGGAUUACUCUCUUUUAAGGGGAUUGACCCCUCUUUUAAGGAAUCUCAACAUGUCACACCA